GGUAUUGCUUGCAUUCCGUGUCCGACUUUCGUUUCGCCAUGAUGCGUCUGAGCUCGUUGCUGGCUGUGGCCCUAAUCCUGGUCCUCGCCUCCGUUUCCGUCUUCGCGGAGGUGGUCAACUUCGAGACGUGUCCGGGCACCGAGGACACCUGCACCAUUCAGGAGGUGCGAGUAAAUCCCUGUCCACAGGCCGAGAAGCGGCAGGCCUGCAACAUCCGGCGACGACGACCCACCCAGAUAAGUUUUGACUUCGUGCCCAAGUUCAAUGCCGAUCAGCUGCAUAUAACCUUGGGUUGGGUCAAGUCCGAAGAGGAGGAGCUGAUGCUGCCCACCUUGGAGCGAGAUGCCUGCAAGUCUACAACCUGCCCGGCGCAAAACGGCGUCAAGCAAACCUAUACCACCGAUGUGCCCAUUGAGGCCAAGUUCCCCUUAAGUCCCUAUACCAUCCGUUGGAAUAUUAAGGAUCCUGCCAGUGGCAAGCGCUGCUGCUUCACCAUUGACAUCAAGGUGGUGCGUUAAGGAGGAGAAAGUAGAGGAACUUCUAAAAAUAUCAACGAAAAUUUUUAAAAAUAUAAAAGCAGUGAAAAAGGAAAAUAUUUUUGAUAUAAUAAAAUCCCAGAGUAUUGUAAAAGUUGUUUAGUUUAUUUACUUAUUUGGAAUUUUUAUAAAUAUUUCCUACAUAUAAAACUUAUUAAAAAUCUCUUCUUCUGUUAGACAAAACCUCCCUGCUCUCCUGUUUCGUAUAAAUUUUAUUUUCUGUUAA